AUGUUAAUUCCAUUUAGUUUAAAUCCACCUGACGAUCUCAAAUGCAAAUAUGAAAUUGGAUUGAAUAUAUUUGGUGAAUAUAUUUUUUAUAGAAUGAUAUCCAAUGGUAGAGAAUAUAAAAUUAACAAUUUUUCCUGGAAUAAUGGAGAUAUUUUUGGAUGUGGAUUAAUUUAUCCACCAACCAAAAUUAAUGAAUUUCCUUAUAUAUUUUUUACACAAAAUGGACAGAUAAUUGGUAAAGCUGUAUUAUUGAAAGACAAUUUUGAUUGUUUCCAUCCAUAUAUUGGAUUAGCAAAUUGUUGUUUGGUAGAAGCUAAUUUUGGAAAUGAUUUGGGAAAUAAACCUUUUAUUUAUAAUUUUAAAAAGCAUCCUGUACUAAAUGGAUUUUAUGAAGAUUAA